GCUCAAACUCACAUACCUCCCCUCCCCAGGCCGAGGCCCAGCUGACCCCCUGGGAUCCCCCGGCAGCGGACAGGGAAGGGUUAAAGGCCCCCCCGGCUCCCUGCCCCCUGCCCUGGGGAACCCCUGGCCUGUGGGGACAUGAACUGUGUUUGUCACCUGGUCCUGGUGGUGCUGAGCCUCUGGCCAGAUAGAGCCGUUGCCCCUGGGCCACCAUCUGGCUCCCCGCGAGUCUCUUCAGACCCCCGUGCCGAUCUGGACAGCGCUGUCCUCCUGACCCGAUCCCUUCUGGCAGAUACUAGGCAACUAGCAGCACAAAUGAGAGACAAAUUCCCAGCCGAUGGAGACCAUAAUCUGGACUCCCUCCCGACCUUGGCCAUGAGCGCUGGGACCCUAGGGUCCUUGCAGCUUCCAGGUGUGCUGACAAGACUUCGAGUAGACUUGAUGUCCUACCUCCGGCAUGUACAGUGGUUGCGCCGGGCAGGUGGACCUUCCCUAAAGACCCUGGAGCCAGAGCUGGGUGUACUGCAAGCCCGGCUGGACCGGCUACUCCGUCGCCUACAGCUCUUGACAUCUCGCCUCACUUUGCCUCAGGCAACCCCAGACCAACCCUCGGUCCCCUUGGGCCCUCCUACCUCAGCCUGGGGAAGCAUCCGGGCUGCUCACGCCAUCCUAGGAGGGCUGCACCUGACCCUGGACUGGGCUGUGCGAGGUCUGCUGUUGUUAAAGACUCGGCUGUGACUCAGGACUGCAAGCCACCACCGAUAUCAUCUUUUAAAAGCCACAUCUUAUUUAUUUAUUUAUUUUGGUACUGGGGUGGGGGGGGACAAGAUGAUCAGGGGUAUGCCAUACCCACACUUCCUGACACCCAGCUAGACACGCUCCCUCCAGGGGACCUGGGUAACGGGGCAGGGGUCACCUGUGUGGCUUAUUUAUACUUAUUUAUUUAAGAAAUUGGGGUGGGCGGGGCGGGUGGAUCUGAGACCUUGAACGGGGAACCGAGAUCCUGCAUUCUGGGGUCUCUAUGAAAUCUAUCCACAGUGCCUUCCUCAGAUUCCUCUAUUAUUUAUUAAACAAUUUACUUUUUAUGUUAAGAGGAGGAGGGGAGGGGAGAAAAGGAAGCCUGGGGUUUUGGAACCAAAAUGUGAGAAGUUUUUGUGAGACAGAAAAGGCAGUGAUUUAAAUACAUAUCCACUUAGAGGUGAUUAGCAGGGAGAUGCCAAAAAACGAUCCCAGUCUGACCCAGCGCCUGGCACUUCAAAGCUCAAUGGAUAUUUAACAGGAAGUUGUUCCACAGACUGUCACCUUAGAAGCAACUGCGUCUGUAUGGUACAGAGCUGGAAAGUGAGAGAUUGUUUAUUUCCAGUGACAUCCAUGCUGGCCAACCUAAGUUCACCAGUAGGGGACGGAUGAGUGACAGGGGAUCCAUCCCUGUGAUGGAAUAUGAACCAGCCAGUCUUAAAAAGUCCAGGAGAAAACUACUUUAGACGUUGGAUGUCCCUGCAGCUAGGCAGCGGCAGAUGAUAGAACCACUCUUCUUUAUAUAAGUAUGGACUUUCUUUUUGAAAAUGGAAAUAACAUAACGUUGACAAUGGCUGUCUCAGGGUUGAAAACACAAGAUCGGGCUGUGGGGUGACUUAUUUUGUGUGUGUGUGUGUGUGCUUGUACUUUCCAGAGUUUUUACCGUGACUGUAUUUUGCAUGACACAUUUAAAAACAACAAUAAACACUAUUUUUAGAA